UUCUCCAUUAGAAAGUUAAACAAACCUUCCAUUUUGGCUCCUCAACGCGUCUUUUUGUUGUAUAAGAAUCCUCACUGAUCAUAGAAUAAUUCGAAAACUAUCCCACGGAAGAGAUUUCUUUUGUCUUCUUUUCCACAAAAUUAUUGAAAGAAGCCAACAACUGCUCUCACUUAACUCACGCCAAUAAUAAUGCUGCUCAGAAACUCCAUUUCUAAUACUAGGAAGUUCUUCCAAAGAACCCUAGGAAGCUUGAAAUCUUUCUUCUCCGGCGGUUCGUACCAAAAGCUCCCAAAAUCACCUGUUCCCAACAGUAUUAUUUCCUACAACACUACCAAUGUUACUAGUGCCCUAGACAUGAAUAUCCAAUGGGGUUCCGGUGAUAUUGAUCCAAAGUCGAGUAAGAGAAUAAACAAGACGAAAAUCAUGUUUCCAUCCACCCAAGGAGAUCAUGAUAAACAAGAUGGUGAUGAUUAUCGUGAUCUUGUCCAACGUAGGAACAAGUUUUCGGUACUAAACUCGAGUGCUAUGACUACUAGUCCGGUGAAGAAGAAGAAGAUCAAGAAGAACGAGAAUAUGAUGGAAAGAAGACAUGAUCAAGCCUAUCCAAGUAAAGUGGUGAUUGUGAAGAGAAAAGAAGAUUGUUCUGAAGAGGGAAAUACAAGGAAUUUUGCCUUGUUGGAGAAAAGGCUUAAAGAGCUGGAGAUGUUGGACCUGAGCAAUGUGGAUCAUGUUUUGGACAUUGAAGAGGUUCUUCAUUACUAUUCUCGUCUCACUUGCCCUGCUUAUCUUGAAAUUGUGGACACGUUUUUCAUGGAAAUAUUUGCUGAGUUUUUUGGUUCUAAUUCCACACCUGUUCGUAGCAUCAAUUCAAGGCUGAGAUCACCAAGGUCAGUGAUGAUCAAGUCAUAGAGAAAAUUAUUGGAACACAAUUAAAUUUAUUGUACUAGUAAAUUCUUCUUGAUCUUGCAUAUUUGAAUCCCUUCUUUAAUUUAAUUUUUUGUUUCUUAAAUUGG